AUGUUUACCAUAUUCCUUGUCGCAGCCGCAGCUACAGGCUUGGGGUUAAUCUUGAUAUCCUCAUUCAAGGCGACAGAUCCCUACCUCUUUCCCAAGAGACCCUCAUUCAUCUUAUGUGUUAUCCAGACUUUCCUAAUUUCAACGUUCCUGGGCGGUGUUGCAGUGGCCAGUAUCAGUAUCCUCCUGUCGCACUACACCGGAUUCAGAGGAUUCCCCAUCUUUUUGGCUUUCUGGGGUGUUAAGGUUAUCUGUGACAUAAUUUAUCUGAUUGAGGCCUAUCGGCAUCUUCUCGCUCGUCACCAGGAGUUGGACUGGUUUUGGCGAUAUUCCCCUGAGCUGCAUCUCCGAUACCCCAAUUUGAAAACCAAGCUCUCAGAGUCCAAGCAGUUUCUCCUCCUACUUAAGAACCGGGUCAUAUUUGUCAGCUUACUUGAACAUCAUGCCCUGCGUUCCCAUGUGGAAACCCUUCUCAGGUUAGGUCUCAAUGAGCUCACGCCCGUUGUGCCUUCGGCACAAAUCGAAGGAGCGCUACGCGCUCCUUCAGGGGAGGAAAAUGAGUGUUGUUCCUUCGUCACAGGAAGCCAAGGAGGACUACACCCUCCUUUGGCUUCCUGGCCUCAGUCUGCAUCCUAA